AUGGACGUCGGCAAGCGGAAGCCGCCCUUGACGGCUUGCCACCGCGCAGUACCGUGCGCCGUGUCGCGGCUCGCCCAGAUCGUCGCGAUCCUGCUUGCCGCGAUGAUCAUCCCCGCACAUGCCGAGAACGGCUGGAAGUUCGGCCGCGCGACGUUCUACAAGGAGACGAUGCACUACGGAUCCUGCGGGUACGGGUACCUGGACCCGGACAAGGGCACCGGGUGGGACAUCGGCGCGCUCACGGACUCCACCGACGCCUUUGCGGGCUCGUGCGGCCGGUGCUAUGAGGUCCGGUGCAAGCCCGCGUCGUUCAGCGACGGUUACGGCAACCAGCUCGGACGCGACCACGUCUGCUCCGACGAGAGCCAGAGCAUCGUCAUCACGAUCACGGACCAGUGCCCCUGCGAGCACGCCAACGCCUACUCCAACCGCCGGUGGUGCUGCGGGGACAUGCCGCACAUCGACCUCUCCGAGUACGCGUUCGAGAAGCUCGCGGGGAAGGAGUGGGGCGUCAUGGGCAUCCUGUUCCGGGAGGUGCCGUGCGACCACCGCCCGGAGAACCCUGCGCCGAAGCCCGACAACCCGGCGCCCGGCAUCGCGUGGGAGCCGCACUACGCCCCGAACAACUGCGGCGCAGGGGAGGCGUGCACGGGGUAUAAUCCGUAUCACCCAUACAACCCCGGGGACCCCAACAACGUCAAGAACGACCCGAUCGCGCCGACGCUGUACGACGACGGGGAGGAGCCGGCGGUGCAGGCGUUCGACGGCCCCGGGCAGGGCUCGGCGCCGGCGGAGCCGCGCCUGAUCUUCGGCGACGGGUGGUUUGCGGAGGGAUGGUUCGAUGCGAGCUGGUCGACGGAGGGGUUCUCGUACGACGGGUCGGGGGGCUCGCAGUGCGCGAAGGUCAAGGGCGACGGCGCCCUCUCGUUCGCGACGAAAGACCCCGCGUUCUCGGGCGUCAAGUUCGUGCAUCUGUGUGUCAAGGACAACGGCAGCGUAGCGAGCCUCGCCGUGCAGCUGCUGGGGGACUCCGUGUCGGGCAAGCGCGCGAAGCUCGCGGACAUGGCGGAGUCGUAUCGUUCCGGGGACUACGCGUGCUACGACGUCGACGCCGCGUCGCUGGUGGACUCGCGACAACAGAAGAAGUCCGUGCAGGCGUUCGACGGGUCCGCCGGGUUCCGGAAGAUCGCCGUGCUGUGCGAGAGCGAGGAGUGCGAGGUGUGCGUGCGCGACGUGCAGCUGAAAUCGUAG